AUAACAUUGGGUGUAAUCAUGGGAACGUUUUUAAUAUGUUGGCUUCCAUUUUUCAUUGUCAAUGUUCUUCGCUCUUUCAUUCCAGAUUCGAUUUCACGUUUGCAAUUUCAAGCUGUGACAUGGCUUGGUUACGCUAAUUCAACUGCAAAUCCUUUUAUUUAUUCUAUUUUGAAUCGAGAUUUUCGAAAUGCAUUUAAACGCAUCCUAUCGCAUUUAUUUUUUUGUUCAAAAAAUUCAAGAAUUAAGCGACCGAGGAAUAUUCGAUGA